CCGUUCCAUGCGUGGUCGUGGCGGCAAGAGCAACCACGUCCAUAUAAACGUAACCGCCGACUGCUCCACUGGCCAUCGAUCCAACCUACUACGUCUACGUGCACCUCCGACCGUCGUUUCAGUGCUAUUCAGUUACGACUGGGAGUACGAACAGAGUGUCAGUCCUCCGUCCAAGAACGAUGAAGCCAGCGGGGUUAUCGCCGGCGCCCACCGGCAGGGCGGCGGGCGCGCGGACGCUGGCGGUGCACCUCCUGGCGGCGGCGGCCACGGCGCUGGUCCUGCUCUGGUGCAUCGGCUUCCGCGGCGGGCUCGCCUUCCGCUCCAGCAACAAGCAGCAAAUCUUCAACAUCCACCCGCCGCUCAUGCUCAUCGGCUUCAUCGUCAUCGGCGGGGAGGCCAUCCUCGCCUACCGCGUCCCGCUCCGCUCCGCCGCGUCCCGGGACGCCAGGAAGAAGGCGCACAUGGCGCUGCACGGCGCGGCGCUGGCCCUUGCCUCCGUCGGCAUCUACGCGGUCUUCAAGUACCACGCCGAGGCCGACAUCCCGAACCUCUACUCGCUCCACGCCUGGCUCGGCAUCGCCACCUUCGCGCUCUACGCGGCCCAGUGGCUCGCCGGCUUCCUCGCCUUCUUCUUCCCGGGCGCCAAGCCGGAGACCAGGCGCUCCGCGGUGCCGUGGCACGCCGUGCUGGGCUUCGUCGUGUUCGCGCUCGCCGUCGGCACCGCGCAGCUCGGCUUCCUCGAGAAGAUGACCUUCCUGCAGGCAUCGCCCUUGCGACUCGUCGCCAAGUACGGCGCCGAGGCGCUGCUCGUCAACUUCACCGCUAUCGUCGUGCUCCUCCUCGGCGUCGCCGUAGUGCUCGCCACCGUGGACUUCGACGCGAGCAGAUAUGAUGCCGAGUGACCCUGGGACGAUCCAUCAACGAUCCAGGUUAACUGUGAUUGUCACAACGCUAUACUGUCCGCACCUGCUUAUAUCGAUCUCACGCACGCACCUGUUAAUUACUCCAGUACUGUGCAGACUGUUAAUUAAAUUUCUGAAUUUGUCGUGUGCUGCGCAUGUAGAACUGGAGACUGAAGUAUGGAUGCAUAUUUUGAGCA